GUGUCUUCCAUUCCCAAAUAAAUUUAACUAACAUUGUAAUGGAUAAAGAUAUGAAUUGUAAACUUGUGGGUUUUGAACAUGCUGAAUUAUUAAAUGAAGAGAGUGCUCUAUAAAAUUCAUUGAUGUUGACAAUGGUAGGACAUGUGAUGGUCAAAUUGUAUUAACUAAUCACUUAAUUAGAUAUCAAUACAAUUCUAUUAACAAGGAGUAGAUAUCCAUCCCUGAUUAUGGUAAUUCCCUUGUGUAAGGAUUGUUGCAAACUGAUUUGGAUCAGUAAAUCAAUAUUGAGCAGGCCUUGAGUCAUGAAUACUUCGAAUAUUUCGAUUACAAUUCUAGUCCCAUGAUGCAAAAAUAGAUUGUACCAAAAUUGAAGUCAUUCAUUACCUAAUAGUCUCUUUCAUCGCCUAUAGAGACCAACAUCUGA